CCUCUUUUCUUCCGACGACAGCACAAAGGCAUCGUUGCGGCCGGCCUGAUCUUCACAAUAAACCCCCCCUCUCCAAAACGGUUGUGUGUGUGCGCGCGCGCUCUGCUGCUGCUGCUCGCUCCCGCCUGCAUCUGUGCGUGUUGUGUGAUUUUGGGGGGGGACCUUUUUUCGGAGGGCUUGCUCUCUCCAUCCCCAUGAACAUACAAAGGUCAACCCCAAUCACAAUCGCACGCUAUGGAAGACCUCGGAAUAAAACCCAGGAUUUUGAAGAGCUCUCUUCUGUAAGGCCCACCGAGUCCAGCCAGAGUUUCAGCCCCAACCUCGGCUCACCCAGCCCGCCAGAGACUCCCAACUUGCCGCAUUGCGUUUCUUGCAUCGGAAAAUACUUACUGCUGGAGCCUCUGGAAGGAGAUCACAUUUUUCGAGCCGUGCAUCUGCACAGCGAGGAGGAGCUGGUUUGCAAGGUGUUUGAUAUCGGCUGCUACCAAGAGUUGCUCGCGCCCUGCUUCUGCCUGCCCCCUCACGACAACAUCAACCAAAUCACUGAAAUCAUUCUCGGGGAGACGAAAGCCUAUGUGUUCUUUGAGAGGAGCUAUGGGGACAUGCAUUCCUUUGUUCGUACCUGCAAGAAGCUGAAGGAGGAGGAAGCAGCCAAGCUGUUCUACCAGAUAGCGUCUGCUGUGGCGCACUGUCACGACGGCGGGCUGGUGCUGCGAGAUCUCAAGCUGCGGAAAUUCAUCUUCAAGGAUGAAGAAAGGACUCGAGUAAAAUUGGAGAGCCUUGAAGACGCUUACAUUCUGCGAGGGAACGACGACUCCCUUUCCGAUAAGCAUGGAUGCCCCGCCUACGUGAGCCCAGAGAUCUUGAACACAAACGGCAGCUACUCUGGCAAGGCGGCCGACGUGUGGAGUCUAGGAGUCAUGCUGUACACCAUGCUCGUUGGACGCUACCCCUUUCAUGACAUUGAGCCUAGCUCUCUCUUCAGCAAGAUCCGGCGCGGGCAGUUCAGCAUUCCAGAGACUCUAUCCCCCAAGGCGAAAUGCCUUAUACGUAGCAUUCUGCGCCGGGAGCCCUCAGAAAGGCUGACUUCGCAGGAAAUUCUGGACCACCCUUGGUUUUCUACAGAUUUUAAUGUGUCUAAUUCAGGAUAUGGUGCUAAGGAAGCAACGGAUCAGCUGGUGCCUGACGUCAACAUGGAAGAGGACUCGGACCCGUUCUUCAACUGAGCUUCGGGGACUAGUGUUUUGGGUGCUGCAUGGCCAGGAAGGGACAACAUGAAGGGAGUCCUUUCUGGCCGUGCAGAAUUAUAUCUGUGUCUCAGCCUGGCUUGAUAGCAAGAGAGAGAGAGAGAGAGACAACCUGGAGUUCUUUUUUUUCCUGGUUGGAGAAGGAACGC